AAAAGGUGCUGCAGGAGGCCCGGGAUGUAGCUCAGUGGCUCAGCGCCAGCCUGGAAAAAUCUCAGGAUCCUGGGAGGCCCUGAGUUUGAUUCCAGGUAUAGGGGAGGGAGUAGGGGGAGGCAACAUGCUUUCUAAACUGGUUCCUGAAGGACAUAGAGGCAGCAGGCCAAGGAAGAGGAGCAAAGCCCAAGGGAACCAGAGAGCACCUGGGGUCCGCAGUCUGCUGGUCGGGCCCUGGGGGCAUUGAGAUCCAGAUGAAGGUUUGACCCUCUGUCUGGACAAUUAUGCAUAAGCACGUGUUUACAGGGAAUUUUGGCGUGUCCCUCGUCCCUCUGGCUUUGGGAAGCAGGCUCCUCCCUCCUCUCCCGGGGCGCCGGUCUGCGCCUGUUUCACUGCCUCCCGGGCACGCAGGUCUCCAAGCUUUAACUCUGGACUUUGCACCGUCACCGGAAAUCUAUUUGUUUAUCAGGGCCUCCAGCCGGACCAGCUGCCCGCUGAGGUCUGCCCUUUCUAGGGCCCUCUGAACCCCCUGCUGGGUCCCAGCUGGGCCGGCCCCCCUUUGGGUUGCUGUGGCGGGGGGCGCAGAAGCCGCUUUCGCUAGACAGCCUGCCCCGCCCGCCCCACGGCUUCCGCCCCGCCCUCGGCCUUCCCACCUGUUCAGGUGUUGCAGACCCAGCCGGAAGCCACCUCCGCACGCUGUGCACAGUUCCUGAAGGUGGGAGCAGAGGGCUCCUAACCUGUGCUGAGCACCUGAGGUCACCGCCCACCCCAGGACACCGCCAGUGAGCCCAGCCCUCGUCCUCAGGGAGCUGCCUUUCUGGACGCAUUCUUUGGGUCUGCCUAGCCUCUGGGGGUCUUCCUGGAGCCAGGACUCCUUUCUGGCAGACACUGAGGCCAAGGCUCACUGAUGUCAGGCUCCCUUCUGAGUGAGGCAAACCAGACCCGUGUAGGGCCCUCAGAGCUCCCCACAGCCUCAGCCAUGGCCCCUACACCAGGCACUGCGGGCCGGGCGUGGCCUGUGCUGGUCGGGGUUGUGCUGGGGGCUGUGGUCCUCUCUGUCAUCAUUGCACUUGCUGCCAAAUGUCACCUCUGCCGCCAGUACCGCGCCAGCUUCCAGCACCGCCAACUGUCUAGGACUGGGAGUGUGAGCCACCCCGAGAUGGGUGAAGAGGAUGAUGAUGGCUUCAUCGAGGAUAACUACAUUCAGCCUGGGGCCGGGGAGCUGGAGACAGAGCGCAGCGGGGAUCACUUCCCACUCUGAGGCCUAAUCGUCGGACACUUGCCUUUCCCUCCAUGCCUAACAGUAUAAGGACAGAGGAUGCCAUGCUUGAACCUCAAACCUCAGGGACAAAGGUGGCUGGGGCUUAAAGGCAGACCAGGGCAGAGCCAUCCCCCAUUCCUGACGCUAGCGACCAAAGAGAGCAUGACUUGCUGAUUCCUGAUGCUCAGUGGCUCCCUCCUGUUCCCAGGAAAACCUAACAAUGAUAUGAAUAUGAGAAGAAAAGCCACCUGUGAUCACGUCUUUGUUGGCCUUCUAAGUUUCCUUCCUUUUUGCCUUUUUGUUGUUGUUUUUGGCCUUGACUUGCUGUUGUUUUCCCUCCCUCACCAUGCAUCACCUUGUUCUCCUUUCUUAGGCUGCCUUGUCCUUCACUCAACUCCCCUCUGCCAGUGAUGAAAACUGUCCAUGGUCCCCAUGGCCUGCUUACCUGCAGGUCUUUAUAUGUGCCUGGGUGACAGGAAGAAAUCGGUGCCAAGUUUCUUGAAAUUACUUCUUAUGAAUAAAGUCUGUGAUCUAGU